GGUUGGUUGAGCGGCGGUCUCUCCGGCGGUCGGGUAUAGGGAUGUAAGUGGGGGACUGAAAUGGCUGCCGAAAAGAAGCCGGAAGAUGAUCAUGGGAACAGCAAUGGCAGUCAUGUGAAAAUAUUUUUGCCCAAGAAGUUACUCGAAUGUCUACCGAAAUGUUCUGCUUUACCAAAGGAGCGACACCGCUGGAACACAAAUGAGGAAAUUGCAGCUUAUUUAAUAACAUUCGAGAAACACGAGGAAUGGUUAACAACAUCCCCUAAAACUAGGCCCCAGAAUGGUUCCAUGAUCCUAUACAAUAGGAAGAAGGUGAAAUACAGAAAGGAUGGUUACUGCUGGAAGAAACGGAAAGAUGGGAAAACUACUCGGGAGGAUCACAUGAAGUUGAAGGUGCAAGGUGUAGAGUGUCUAUAUGGCUGCUACGUCCAUUCCUCUAUUAUCCCCACUUUCCAUCGGAGGUGCUAUUGGCUUCUUCAGAAUCCUGACAUCGUAUUGGUCCAUUACCUGAACGUGCCAGCCAUAGAAGACUGUGGGAAGCCAUGUGGUCCGAUACUGUGCUCCAUCAACACCGACAAAAAAGAAUGGGCCAAGUGGUCAAAAGAAGAGCUGAUCAGCCAACUUAAACCCAUGUUUCACGGCAUCAAGUGGACCUGCAGUAAUGGGAACACCAGCGCUGGUUUCUCGGUGGAGCAGCUCGUUCAGCAGAUCCUGGACAGCCAUCAGACCAAGCCGCAGCCUCGCACCCACAACUGCCUGUGCACCGGCAAUUUGGGUGCCGGGAGCAGCGUUCACCACAAGUGCAACAGUGCCAAACACCGCAUCAUAUCACCAAAGGUGGAGCCACGAACCGGCACCUACAGCAACCACCCUGAAGUCCAGAACAAUGAUGUUUCCGAAGGCAAGAAUGACCAUGGACACGGCAAGGCCUCAAGCCGUGAGAAGCGGAAUGGGAAGUUGGCCAAGCCUGUCCUGUUGCACCAGAACAGCACUGAGGUCUCCUCCACCAAUCAGGUGGAGGUGCCUGACACCACUCAGAACUCCCCAGUCUCCAUCAGCAGUGGCCUAAACAGCGAAACAGACAUGGCCGACAGCCCAGCCAUCACUGGUGUCUCCAGCAUGGCGGUGGCCUCCGUCAUGUGCAGUCUAUCCCAGAAUGCCACUGUCUUCAUGUCUGAGGUGACCAAUGAGGCAGUGUAUACCAUGUCUCCCAGUGCAGGGCCUGGCCAGCACCUCAUUGCCUCAGACACUGGGGCCCAAGGGCUGGUCUUGGCUGUCAACUCAGAUGGGCACAAGUUUGCCUUCGCCUCCUCAGCAGCCACUGGCAACCCUGAUGGCUUGUCCAUAAUGUCGGCCGGUGUAGCAGAGGACUUGGUGCUUUCCUCCACCCUGGAGAGCAGUGAGAAGAUUCCAGAGGCCAACAUGAACUUUGAUCCUGACUGCUUCCUCAAUAAUCCCAAACAAGGCCAAACCUAUGGAGGAGGGGCCCUAAAAAAUGACACCAGCAGUGGCAACUCACGACAGUCACCAGGCAAUGAGGGCGGCUACUGCUUCAGUGGACCCUUGGUGAAGGAGAUCAAGACUGAGGAUAACUCUUUUGAGCAGCAGAUGUCCAAGGAAGGAUUCCAAACCAGUUCCACCCCUGCCUCCAUCUCUUUGACCCCUGGUUCAGCUUUGCUGUCAUCUGGGGGCCUCAGUCCCAGCACCACACUGGAGCAAAUGGACUUCAGUGCUAUCGACUCCAGCAAGGACUUCUCUUCAGGUUACACACAGAAUGUCCAGAGCCCACACGUUCACCAGAACCCCUCUCCCAGCUUCUUCCUUCAGGAGGCCAACAAGGCCCAUCAGCUCGAGCCCAGCACACACAGCAAUGGCCUGAAUGAUGGUGGAGGCCCUUUCAGCAGCAACUUGGGAUUAGCCAAUGUCAAGACGGAGUCACCCACGCAGGCUGCAUCUAGCUGCAAUGGUCCUGUGCAGCAGGGACGCAUGGAGGCCACCCCUUCCCUGCAGUUGCUGCAGUUCCAGGCUAACUUCCAGCCCAUUGCAGCUGAGGCAGAGGUCCCCAUGGAAACAGCAGCUCAGUCAGAGGGAGGUGAGGGCCUCCUGAAGUCUGCUGAACUGCCGGCCUGUAGCACUGAGCACUACAUCCAGGCAGAGGCCGGGGGCAACGGACUGCCCAUCCUCCAGGGCAACAUGGUAUCAGGGCUGUACCCAGUGGCCCACCACAGUCUCGGACCCUCAGCUAAUAUGGAGCUCAACCUGGACCACUUUGAUAUCUCCUUCAGUAAUCAGUUCUCAGACCUGAUCAACGACUUCAUAUCCGUGGAGGGUGGAGCCAGCACACUGUAUGGGCAUCAACUGGUGACUAGCGAGACGGGUGCUGGGGGCACUCUGCAGCAGUCAGAAGAAGAGAGAGCCAGAGUGGCCACCUUCAGCCAGGCGGAGAUCUGUAUCCCUUGCUGCAGUCCCCAGCAGCAGCAGCAACCACAGCAACAACAGCAGCAGCAACAACAGGGUCUGCAGCUCAAUGGAGGGGAGAACGGGGGCAACUCCAUGACCUACAUGCACGUGUCUGAGGUGGUCUCAGCCCAGGGGGCACUGGGGUCCUUGCAACAGAGUGGACGCUUGUUCAUGGUGACGGAUUAUUCCCCAGAGUGGUCUUACCCUGAGGGAGGAGUGAAGGUGCUGAUCACGGGACCGUGGCAGGAAGCCAGCAGUAAUUACAGUUGUCUGUUUGACCAGAUUUCAGUGCCUGCAUCUCUUAUUCAGCCCGGUGUUCUUAGAUGUUAUUGCCCAGCCCACGACACUGGCCUUGUGACACUGCAGGUGGCCUGCAAUAGUCAAAUCAUCUCCAAUUCUGUCGUUUUUGAGUACAAAGCCAGGGCCUUGCCAACUCUUCCUACAUCCCAGCACGACUGGCUGUCAUUGGAUGACAACCAGUUCAGGAUGUCCAUCUUGGAGCGCCUGGAGCAGAUGGAAAGGCGGAUGUCGGAGAUGGGAUCUCACCAGCACCACCAGCAGACUGGAGGGGGAGGAUUAGGAGGAGGAAAUGGAGGAGGAGGUGGCAACAGCCAGGCACAGUGUGCAUCCAGAGUGGCCAGCUGCUCCUUUGAGAACCGUGUGGUGUUGGUGUGUGAGAAGAUGAUGAGUCGCGCCUGCUGGGUCAAAUCCAAACACCUCAUCCAUUCCAAGACUUUUCGAGGAAUGACUCUCCUGCACCUGGCAGCUGCCCAGGGCUAUGCCACACUGAUCCAGACACUCAUCAAAUGGCGUGCAAAACAUGCAGAUAGUAUUGACCUGGAACUGGAGGUAGAUCCAUUAAAUGUUGAUCAUUUCUCCUGCACACCCCUGAUGUGGGCUUGUGCACUGGGACAUACAGAAGCAGCUGUUGUACUGUACAAGUGGGACCACCGAGCUCUCUCCAUCCCUGAUUCACUGGGUCGUUUGCCCCUGACAAUCGCCCGCUCACGAGGGCAUGUGAAACUAGCAGAGUAUCUGGAAGAUUUACAGAGGGAGGAUGAGUCACAGCUUCCCAGUCUUCCCCAAACACCCGCAGUGGUUUGCUCUCCUAAUGCAAAGGCAGGAAAUGAUGGCUGGAUUGGACAGUGGAACAAUGGCAGUAACAGCAACCAGGAAUCCCCGAAGAAUGUCAGCACAUCUCCUACCACAGAUCUCAGGCGACCGAGAUCGGAAUCCUUGCACUGCCAUGGUAAUGACAGCCAAAAGGACCUCCCAGCUUCCAAGAAACACAAGCUAAAUACAGAACACUUCCAAUCCAGGCAAGACAAAUCAUCUCCUCCACCACUAAAUCUGGAGCAAAAGAUCACAGCUAAACUGAGCUCCAGCCCGAAGCAAACACCUCCUGAUGCAAUUGAUUCCAAAAAAGAGAGGAAUAGUCCCAGGGAAUCUUCUCAACAUACCUCAGAAUUCCCUUUGCUCCUUACCACUGGAUGCAGGAAUGUUGGAAAUCAGACCAAUCCAAAGUGGAGCCAGAAGGAGAUUUAUGUCAGUGUGGCAGCGCAGACUACAACGGGCCAGCCUGUAGUGAUAAGGAAGGUCUCGGGUCUCAACGCUGGGUCCAUUGCUCAUAGGAUACAACAGAAGCAAGACAUCAGUGUUCUAAUGUUAUCAGAAAGGGAGAUGAUGGAUGCAGAGCUACUAUCAUACAAGGAGAAUGAGGAAUGUUUCCAGCAUAUGGAUGAUUUGCAGGCUAAUAUGAUGUCUUUGGCCGAGCAGAUCAUUGAAGCUACACCAGACAGGAUUAAACGGGAGAAUUUCAUCCCUAUGGAGUUUCCAUUGUCGGAGCAAGGGGACAUGCCCAGUGUAAACACCACCUUGAGCUGGUUGGCCAGUUACCUGGCAGAUGUGGACCAUUUACCCAGCUUAUCUCAGCUUCGGUCUUUGUACAGCGAGCCCCUGACUCCUCCCUCUAACGCAAGCCAAAGCCCGGCCUCGUCACCAAACAGCGAGGUUAAUUUUGAGAAACCCACGCUCCCUUCAGCAGCCGAUUGGUCGGAGUUCCUGAGUGCGUCGACCAGUAAAAAAAUGGAGAACGAAUUUGCCCAGCUGACCUUGUCAGACCAUGAACAGAGAGAGCUGUAUGAGGCUGCCAAGUUGGUGCAAACCGCCUUCCGGAAAUACAAGGGACGUCCUUUCAGGGAACAACAAGAAAUGGCUGCUGCUGUCAUUCAGCGCUGCUACAGAAAAUAUAAACAGCUUACAUGGAUAGCCUUGAAGUAUGCACUUUACAAAAAGAUGACGCUGGCCGCCAUCCUGAUUCAGAGCAAAUUCCGCAGUUAUUAUGAGCAGAAGAAGUUUCAGCAGAGUCGGCGGGCAGCUGUCCUCAUCCAGCAGUAUUAUCGCAGCUACAAGGAGUACGGAAAAAUGAGGCAAAAGCGAAGGACAACUGCUAUGGUCCAACAGAAAAUUAGGAGCAGUCUGCUGACUAAGAAACAGGAUCAAGCGGCACGGAAGAUUAUGAGAUUUUUGCGCCGUUGUCGCCACAGCCCCCUGGUGGACCGUAGACUGUACAAAAGGAGUGAAAGAAUUGAGAAAGGCCAAGGAACCUGAAGAUUUACAGAAGCACCCCAUAGCAAUGUAACAUUGCUUCCUGACUGUUUUCUUUACGUUUAUAUCAGAGACAUUUACAAAAGAUCACUAGAGAUUUGGGAAGAUUAGCAACACUCUCAUCGCAACAAGGCUCUAGAAACUUUUUUUCUCUCGACCACAUCGGCACUUUUAUGGAACUUUUUUUAAAGAAAACAAAACAAGGCGCCAUAGAACUUGCAAUUUAUUGUUUUAAGAACUUGAAACUAACUUGUAGAAUGAAAUAACCUCUUUACCAGCCUGGUGCGUAGUACUGUAAACUUGUGUAAAGGUUUGCAACACAAAAAAGGGGUUUAUUUUCAGGAAUAAGCAAAUGUAUGUAGAGAAAUCAAACAAAGAGUGAAGAAAAGCAGGUGAGUGAACUGAGGGGAGUAUUAGAAUGACUGAGAGGGUGAUGCACAGCUUAUGUGGACGAAUAGCCUGAGGCAGGAAGUGACAGAUAUCGCAUGUGCCACUUGUUGGGCGUGAUCAUAUCCACACUCUGGUGAUAGGAACUGGUCCAAUAAAAGGCAUACAGCUUCUUUCUUUGACCUAACUCCCUACUUUUAUAAAGAGCUGCUAUCAGUCAACAUGCUGCAACAAUAUGAUUGAUAGUCCAAACUCGGGUUUUAGAAAAGAGGAGAGAGACGUUUAACGUCAGUUGCCAAAAUACUGGGGGGAAGCCAGCAGGCUGUAUUAUAAUUAUUCUAUUAAGUAGAUUUUGUGUUCAUUUCUGGGUGAGUUGGUCAUUUUCCUUCUCUCCACCCCAAACCCAGGUCUGUCUUCUUUAUCUCCUGAAUGGGACACCCAGAAAUUACAGUCCUAAUAACCUUUGAAUGACUAACAAUAGUUUAUUGGGGCCAGAAGUACAGAGCAAUAUGAGGCUAUGACUUUUUUUUAGUACAUUUGGGCAAUGUUAUGGAUUCUUACUAGAUGUGUUUUAUUGUGAGAUUUCAAUUCUCACCAUCAGUAUUGCAAAAUCAGUCAGUAUUUCAAUUGUUGAUGAAAAUAUACUUGGUUGGAGAAAAUCAGACACUGCAGACACUAAUGGUCUCUGGCUUCCAGAACCUCAUCAUUUAAGAGGUGCCUGUUACUAAGCAAUAAGACAGAACACUGGGCAGAAUCAAUGUGCUAGGGAAUGUUUGAGUAUGCUGGAGAUUGCUUGAUGAGCAUGCUUGCAACAUUAAGCUACUGUCAAUCUAAUAGGGCUGAACUUUUGGACUCUGCUGUGGCUAGGAUAGAAGGCAGCAGAGUCUUGGAAAGUCGCUACUGGCUGCAUGUCAGUUUCCCAGUGCCAAGUCGUUUUAGUGAAAACAGAAUUGCGACUAGCAGGGCUAUACACACUUCCUUUGCACCAGAUUGUCUCUUAGGCCCAACUAAGAGACUUGUGUUCAAUUAAAGAAGGCCAAUUUGGAAAUUUCCAAUUUCCUGCAAUGGCAGGGGCUAGUUUGGAUGCAUGAAAGUGGGCACUUUGCGGCAGAUUUGGGGGCCUGUGCUCCAGGUAUGCCAAGAGCAUCUCCCUGUCAUAUGCAGCCUGGUAAAGGCAUUCGCUCCCCAGCUUCCCCAGACAGUGGUGGCCAGACUGCAAAGAAAACUGUUAUAAAUAAAGACUGAAAGAAAAUUGGUGAACACCUGCAUGUUGAAACACAUUCUUUGUUACUUAACUUCCUUCUGCAGUUACUGCACCUUUCAAGCUGGAAGGCCUCUGGUUCUACAGCUUCAAGAGUUCAGCUGCCUUCCUUAAUUGGGGCUUUAGGACUUUUUGUUACCUGUGCUACUCUGAACCACACCAGUGUCCAGGUAAUCAUUAGUCUAUGUGAAUGCUGGAGAUCCCAGAACAAUACCAGGACAUUUGUUUUAUAUUCACUCAUGGGACAUGAGUGUCACAGGCUCGGCCAACAUUUAUUAUCCAUCCUGCGUUGCCCUUGAGAAGGUGGUGGUGAGCUGCCUUCUUGAACCAUAGCCAUCCUUCUGCUGUAGGUAGACUCAAAUGCACGCUAAGGAGAGAGUUCCAGGAUUUAGACCCAACAACACUGAAAGAAUGGUGAGAUAUUUCCAAGUCAGGAUGGUAGUGGCCUAAAGAAGAACUUGCAGGUGGGUGCUGUUUCCAUGCAUUCUGUCAUGGGUUGUUUUAAGGUUCUGUCUGAGGAUCUUUGGUGAAUUACCGAAAAGACA